CAAGUACCGAGAAGAAGAAAAAUAAAAAUUGUCAAUGAAUGUACAAACGUCGUCGGGGUGCGGGUUGUCAAUAAAUCUUUUUAAUUUUCUACCUUUGCAUAAAUAGAAUAACUUUUUUUUUUGUUUUACUAUUUGUUCUUAUCUCAAAAAUUAAUUCAAUUAGUUCGACGCCCGUGAACUUUCCAAGUGCAUCAACAGUCUCAGAAUAUCCUAUCUCAAAAAUUGUCAAUUUUAACGCAAAGAAAAAGAAAUUCAUUGGAAAAUUCAGUUCCGAAUGCGAUUCCCAUUUCGAUUGCGACCCGAUGUUUGCAAAAGUUUAAAAAAAUAGUGUGUCGGAUAGAAAAGUUUUUUUUUGCAUUUCUUUAUUAUUUUUGUGUCCCUUCCGUUCGCUAUUUACCGUCAUAGUCGUCUUAGCUACUCAAACUCGGUGUCGCUGUCGCUCGUCGUUGCCGUUGUCGACUUCUCCCUACAUUUAAUUUAUUCGCAAUUUGGUGAUUCAUUUUUCAUGUCUAUGCAAAAAGUAUAGAACUCGCUGCCGCCCGCCGCCGCCACAGCCACCGCCGCGGACAGGAAUAACAAUAUUUAAAAAAAAACACCCAGUGGAUCAUCAUAGACGUUUUUUUCUUUUUGGAGCAAAGUGGUGCGUUCGUAUGUGUCCCUUCUUCAUUCACCUGGCGAUAAUUAUUACACCACGAGCACGAAUUAACAAUGAACAAAAUAUUCUCCUAGUAUGACAAUCAAUAAUCCUGGGAUCAGAUCGCAUGGGUCGAACUUGACCUACCGCUUAUAAUUGAUUAAAACUCGCUUUGUGAAUAUUCAUCCAACAACAAAAGAAGAGGAAAACUUAUAAAAAAUGAGAAAACACAUUUUCUUUUUGGGAUAGAUAAUUCUCGAGGGAAAAACCAACUGAAGUCAAAUAGUUUAUAAGAACUCAAUCAAAAUUAUAAUAAAAACAAAAACACGAGGACAAGACUUAAAUAAAACAAACAAAAUUGAAAAAUGGCCACAACAAUUCCACCAGGCAUUAGAGUUGUUCGCGGACCAAAUUGGAUAUGGCAAAAUCAAGACGACGGAGAAGGUCAUGUCGGUACAGUCUGUGAGAUAGGACGUUUCGGAUCAGCACAUUCCCCCGAGAAGACAGUUGUGGUGAAUUGGGAUUCCGGUCAUAGAACAAAUUACAGAGUUGGAUAUCAGAAUCAGUACGAUUUGAUAAUCAUAGACAACGCACAAGUUGGUGUUCGCCAUUCAAAUGUUGUAUGUGACGGUUGCUCAAAGGGGGGAAUAGCCGGAAUUGUCUUUAAGUGCGCGCUGUGUUCUAAUUAUCAUUUGUGCGCCUACUGUUACGGGGCUGACCAGCAUGAUAUAGAACAUCCGUUUAUUCGUUACACUACACCCACAUCUCUUGGAGUGAGGGUGCCGCCCCGUAAAGGAUCUGGAAAAAUCCAAUUGAAAGGAAUAUUUGUUGGAGCUAAAGUUGUUCGUGGUCCAGAUUGGGAGUGGGGACAACAAGACGGUGGAGAAGGUAAAAGUGGGCGUGUUAUGGAAAUUCGUGGAUGGGACAACGAAUCUUGUCGAAGUGUAGCAAAUGUAUCUUGGGUAACGGGUUCAACAAACGUUUAUAGACUCGGACAUAAAGGAAACGUAGAUUUAAAAUAUAUAGUUCCAACAUCUGGAGGGCAUUACUAUAAAGACCAUAUGCCUGUGUUAGGUCAACCAGAGGAACAACAACCCGUUGUUCCGACAGUCAAACCCGUCUUUUCAGUUGGAGAUCGUGUGAAAGUAUGUUUAGAAGUUGAUGCUCUUAUGAAAUUGCAACAAGGGCAUGGUGGAUGGAAUCCUAGAAUGGUAGAGCAUUUAUCAAAAUUAGGCACAGUACAUAGAAUAACUGAUAAAGGUGAUAUACGGGUACAAUAUGAUAAUUGUCCAAAUCGUUGGACAUUUCAUCCGGCAGCAUUAGUUAAAGUGUGCUCAUUUAGAGUUGGUGAUCUGGUUACAAUAAUAACUGAUGCAGCAAAAGUUCAACAGCUGCAGAAAGGACAUGGCGAGUGGAUUGAAUUGAUGAAAUAUGCUCUAGGAAAACAUUGCAAAGUUAUAAAAGUAUAUUCAGAUGGUGAUCUAAGAAUUCAACAGCUAGACGAUGGUCUCGAAUGGACGCUCAAUCCGAAAUGUGUCAAACUAGAAAGAUCUCCAUUGGCAACAGCAGCCGAACGUUCUAACAGCAUGAUGGACCUAAGUCACCGCCGCACUGAUCAUGUGAUGACUCCCCUCUCUGGCUUAUCGGGAACUUCACUAGCUGACAAAUUGGUGCGUGAAGCAGCGCAGGGUCAUCUGGAAUUCGUCAAACAAUACUUGGAGCAAAAUCCUCAACAAGUUGAUGUCAUGAGUGGCGGUAAGGCAUGCAUUCAAGUCGCCGCACAUCAGGGCUACGUGCACUUAGUCAACUAUCUAAUAACCAAAGGAGCCAAUGUGAAUAUAGUGGACAAGGAAGGUGAUUCAACUCUGCACUAUGCUGCAUUUGGUAAUCAGCCAGAAACUAUGAGGAUUCUCUUGCAGAACGGAGCAGACAUAAACUUUUUAAACUCCAGUCAUUGUUCAGCGCUGCACAUUUGCGCUCACAAGAAAACACCUCACUGUGUUCGUCAGCUCUUGGAGUUCGGUGCCGAUGUGAAUAUCCAAGAUUCUUACGGCGACACCGCACUGCACGAUGCAAUUGCCAAAGAAAAUACUGAAGUAGUUGAACUUCUAUGUAGCGCUCCGAAUUUAGACUUCACGGUAAAGAAUAACCGUGGAUUCAACGUAUUGCAUCACGCCUCGCUUAAAGGAAAUGUCAUAGCGGCCAAGCGUAUACUCCAUCUAUCUCGUCAACUUGUGAACGUUAAGAAAGACGAUGGUUUUGCAGCAUUACAUUUGGCCGCUCUCAAUGGACAUGCAAAUGUCGUUGAAGCGCUAGUCUUGGAAGGGCAAGCAGAAAUCGAUAUACGUAAUAAUCGGCGUCAAACGCCAUUCCUUCUGGCCGUUUCGCAAGGCCAUGCGGCCGCCCUUGAAAAACUAGUCAAUUUAGGUUGUGAUAUUUUAGCGAAGGACGAAGACGGCGACAACGCCAUGCAUUUAUGUGUGAUUAAGAAGACAAAUCUUCAGCAGGCCUCAGCACCGACUGAAGCUCCAGAAAUUUUGGAAAUAUUUACAUGCUUGCACCAUUUUACUGAGUACCGGUUGAUGUAUACGAUAUUAUGUUACUUAGCUAAGAGAGGAUGUCAAAUCGAGCCGAAUAAUAAGGGGGCGACGAUAUUCGAAUGGAUCACCGAACAAGAAGAAAAGGAUUUAAUUCUAAGCUAUCAAAGGAUGUCAACCAAUGUAGCAACAUCAUCCACAGCUGUGCUUAAUCAUGAGGGAGGUAUAAAUCAGUUGACACGAAAUAUCCAGACUUUGAAUCUAAAUGAAAGUGUCGAGAGUGCGAAUAUAAGUUCCGAUGGAAAUGCAUUAAGCGGCGAAGGGGGUGCAGCAUCAAUUUCAACACCACCACCAAUUCCAGCACAAAGAGGCCAGCAGUCAUCCAAUCAUCAACUGCCUCCUCCUCCUCCUUUGUCGUCAGCAGCAGCAUCCGCAGACGACACUUCAAAUGUGCAAGUGCCAAAGAAACAAAACAACUCAGAUCCAAGUUUUUAUCUCGAAAUGAAUCCCAGCAAAAGCAACAAAUUUGAAAACUCACUAUCACCUGUCCUACCACCGCCACCAACAUCAGCAACUGGCAGUCAUGUCAGCCGCAAACAACAAAACAAACCGCUACCAACGCCAGUUUUCAUAACUGAGCCAAAAGAGUGCAUAGUCUGUGAUGAGGUAUUGCAUUUAAUUAAAUUCGAACCCUGCCAACAUCAGAUAUCUUGUGAGGAGUGUGGGUUACGGAUGAAAAAAUGCCUCAAUUGUGGUUUGAUGAUUGAGAAACGUAUUGGUCAGAAUGGGCGCGUAGUAACGGGUAAAGAUGCAACAAGAACUUCAUCGGCAGAUCGCUUACGCUAUUUGGAGAAUAAAGUACAGGAGUACGAGGAGAGUCACUAUUGCAGUAUUUGUAUGGAACGCAUAAGAGAUGUUGUAUUUCUAUGUGGGCAUGGAGCUUGUAGCGUUUGUGCAGAAACCCUUCGCACAUGUCAUAUGUGUAGGAAAACUAUUCUUAAAAAGAUUAAUCUUUACUAGAGGGGCGAGAGAGUGAGAAAGAGAGAUGUUAAACUUAAUUUUAAACAACAAAUUUUAAAAAAUGGGAUAUUUUUGUUUGUAACGAAGAAAGUCGUUUUGCAAGAUUUACUUAAGAUAAUGUAUGGGUAUGGGUAUUGGUACGUAUUUGAGAGUUUGUUCUUAAUGAAUGCUUCACAAUUUAAUAACAAUUUCAACUUCCAUGACAUAUUAUUGUUGUCUAGAAUAAGAAUUUUUAACUUAUGGUGUUUUUAAUAAUAUAAAUUGGUGUAAUGUGAUUUCCUUCUUAUAGAAGGUUUGUUUUUAAAGAUAGUAAACCGAAGCUGCAUAAAAAAGAACAUAUCAAACAACAACUGAGUUAUAAUUUCCAUAAGAGUGAAAAACAAGCUUUGCAGCAGAGUGUUCUAGAUUUUUUGUCAGUUUUUAUUUUGCACGUGUUUACUUUUUUAACUAAAUUUACCAUAACAUUUUUGAUCGUGGAACAAUUUUAAUUCGUAUAGGGGAAUUAAAUAUCAUUGAGUUUCAACUCAAUCAAAUGAAGCCAACAUCUUUUCAAAAAAAUAUUGACGCACAUUUUGAUCAUAAUCAACCGUAUUGCUGUUUUUGUUAUCAAAACGACGGAAAAAUAAAUAGGGUUUGAAGAGGUGAUAGUUCAUGUCCCAGUAAAAUGAUUUUCACUAAUAUGGAAAGAAGUUUAAAGAGCCAAGAAGGCGCAGGAACAAUCUACCAACUUUUUCCUACAUAGCUGUGUUGUUUUUAUAAAACGAAAAUCGUAAUAUGGAUGAAAAUCAUCUUUUUGUAUGAAAUCUUGCUUCCAGUGCCCAUAAAAUUUAUGAAGCCGUUCUGUUUGAUCCCAAAUCUAAUUUUUUAUAUCAUAAUUAUUGAAUUUUACCUGACCUAUGUAUAUUUCAUAAUACCUUUAAACCCAUCCCUUCAUUCUUUACUUUAUUGGGAACUUUUAAGUUUAAAAAAUCUAGCAUCUAAAAAAACGUUUUUGUUUUAAUUUAAUGUUUUUUUUGUUUAUUUCAUGAAGAACAUCUUGCAAAGCGGACUAAGUUCGUUUUAUUUUUAUAUUGUAAAUAAUAUGUAAUGUUUUUUUUUAUUAUUUUUAAUUAUUAUGUAUAAGUAUUGUUCACAGCGUUUGUUUCAUUUUUUUCCUUUAAACAUAUUAUGUAAUUAAAAUAAAAAGGCUGACAUGUCAAAAAGUAAUAUUUUUCCCAAAAACAAAACUAUUUUAUUUAAAAGGCAAUAUAAGAAAUUAAAUUGAUUGUUUUUUUUUGUUGUAAAUCAUUUUAUUUUGUGGCUAAUACACUUGAAAAAUACAAAAUUAUUUUUGUUAUAAAUUAUAUGCAUAGAUAUAUAAAUUUUAUUUUCAUUUAAAAACCAAAAUCGAUAAAUCUAAUCAAUUCGUCAAUUACAACUUUUUACACUCAGUAGUCAGUUCUGACUUUGAGUUAACUUUCUCGCUGAAGAUGACCAAGCAAUUGGGGUCGACUGAAUUUUUUUUAAAUUAAUUUCUUGGCCAAGCGAUAAUUUUUAGUAGCUUCAAAUUGUUGUAUUUUUCAACUUUUCUUAAAACGCUUUGAAGAAAAGUCAACCCAGUCUAUAAGUUUUAAAUGAAGUAAAUAAUUGUAAUUUUAAAUCAUCAUCAAUUGAAGUCAUAGUAAAUAAUAAAUACAUAAUUAUUUAAUUUAUUAUUUCUUAAAUAGCUAACAAUUAUUAUUAAAACAAAACCUAUUAUAUUUUUUAUUCAGCGCACACAUAAACCAUACAUAAGUACAUACAUACAUAUAUUUAUUCAUUAACAGCCAAAUAAUAAAAAAAAGAAAGGAAUACUUAAAACUUGAACAAUUAUUAUAAAUAUAAACAAACAAAAUAUUUUACACCCUUCAACAUUAUAUUACAUCGAUUUGUGGUUUCUUUAACAAAAAAAAGCAAACGAUUUAUUAAAUAAUUAAUUCAUCUCUUAUUUUUAAGUUAAAUUCUUGUUUGUUUGAAGAAGGGAUUAUUAAAUUAAUUAUGAAUGUCAUUGUAA